AUGCGUGUAGCUUUUGUAUUGUCUACGUAUUUGUUAUCUGCAGUCGUUUCAGUUGGGAACAAUGAAUCAUCAACGUUAACAACAGCUGUGUUGAAAACAACGACAAAUAGUGUUGUUAACAACGAAUCAAAUAGUUCAACUAAGAAACAAUUUGAUGCAAGUCAACGACCAAGUUGUCAACUGUCAUUACAUGAGCACCAACUCUCCAAACAAGUCGAAUAUUUGCUGAAGAAAGAAAAAGUCGUUCUCAUAGAAUACAUCAUCAGUUUUGUCAACUACACAAAAUCGCCACUGAAACUGAAAAACGAAUUUCAAAACGAAAAAUGGUACCGAGUAACGUCGGAACACGGCCAAAUUUUGUUAAAUUUAGCAUUCAACUACGGCGUACUUUCAAUGGCUACGUUAACGUUGGGAACGACCAAACUCAUCUUAGAACUAGUUGACAGUCCAGCUAACUGUAUGGCUGAAUCAGACCCGGACGACCAGCUGUACAGUUUGCAGUAUUUUUUGAUGAGAGAUCUUAAACCGGACAAAAAAGUUGAACUAUCUUGGAAAGAGAGCAUAUGCCGUAAAGUCGUUCUUAACGAUAAUUCCGGGUACGCAAAAUUUACUCACGAAUGUGUCACCGUUGAUUCAGAAACAUCACAGUUAGUAGUCGCGAUAGGGUUGGAUAGACUUUGGAUUACAAUUUUGGAUAUAAUGUUGAUAAUAAUAAGAAUAGCGGCUCUAGUUUGCUUACCGUAUUUCCUCGUCAGCAUUUUUAAAGGAGUAAUUAAAGAAAAAGUUCCUUACGUUGUUAGAUUGAAAGAUGACAGUCCUUUGUUGAAGACGUUGAUGAUUGUGGACGAUGAUGACAUUAAAAAUGAUUACAUCAAGCAAGGUAAAGAAGUUUUAGAUUUGAAUGUUGAAAAAGAAUUUCCUAAACUUCGACAUGUUCUUCACUACGGCACAUACCCGAUGAAUGUACCUUUUAAGGCCAACAUUAAACAAUACGACAUUUUAGUAGACUAUCACAGAACUCAACCCGAAGAUCGAGUUCAUGUUGGAUUUAUAAAAACUCUCGCUGGUGUGAUAUUUAGAUGCAAAAUAAAAGAAGUUGGACCUUUCGAGUUAUGUUGUCAGUCUGAAAUGCUGAAACUGGUUGCUUCCAACAAAUGUUACUUGCUCUGGAUAACAUUCUGGAGAAAAUUUUCAGCUGUCCUUCUCGUUUUCACGAUACCUGUCUUUUUUUACGUGCGCGUUCUACUGUACUACAUUUACGAACACGAAGAAGUUACAUUGAGAAAAUCGGUUACAGAAAGUAUGUCUAUGAAAGAAAUAGUUUCAAACAGUUUUUUGCAGUAUUUAACCCCAAUUCAUCCAGUUUUAAUAACAAUUUACGUUCUGUAUUUCUUGGCUGGUUUUAUCGUCGCACUUGCUCCGCGGAAAAAUGAAGAUGCUGACAAAAAUCACGUGCUCAAAAGAAUCGUUAAUUCAUUUCGAGAUCUUGAUGAAUUUUCAUUUACGCGAGUCAUAAAUUUUGUUUUCACCAAUUUCACAUGGCCUUUUUAUAAAUUUGGAAUAUUAGGCUGCUUCAUUUGGCUCGUUUAUUGGAUUUUCGCUCUGCCUGUUUCAUUUUUCGUCAUUGCAAUUUACAGCGUGCCAUCGCUCUAUCUCAUGUUCCGCAUGAUUUAUUACUGCAAGAGAGCUGUUUACGUUCAGCUGCACAAACUGCCUCCCUUCCCGAUGAUGUAUCAAGUUACAAAAAGAAAGAGUCAGAAAAAACUGUUAAACAAACUGAAGGCAGAGAAUGUGGCAGUAAAAUAUGCUUUGAAAAACAUCGAACAAUGUCGAUCUGAUCAAAAUUACUCUCCAACUAAAGAAAUUGAAAUGAAAAAAAUGGAAGAGCAACAGAAAUUGAAUCAAAUUGUCUAUGAUUACUACAACAAGGAUGAGGAAUACAUCUAUAAAAGAGCCGAUUGCUGGCACUGCGUCACCUACAUCUUCACCACAGUUUUAUGCCUUUUGGCAUACAUCGGAUGUAUGUUCCUCUUGGCUGAAAUAGUCGUAUUUGGGGUAGAAAUAAUAGUUUUUACCAUCAUGGGUAUUAUAGUCAAUGCCAAUUAUAUUUUGAGGCACGUUAUGGUAGUCGCUAUAGUUCUUUUAUAUUGCUUUGAUAGUUUUUUUAACAUGGAGAAGAAGUAUUUGAAACUGAACAAAGUAAUAUUUGCAGAAGUAACCAGGCGAAUACGAGAUCUUGAAUCAGUUACGUGCCUGCCGUCAUUUUUACAGGAAAAUCGAGGAUUCAAAUCUCAGGAACUGAACGAACAGGCUGAUUACGAGAAUCCUGAUUCGAUAGUUCCCAAAAAACACUGGAUGAUAAACGAUCUCGUUUUAUUUAUGGAUAGUUGUGAUACUCCGAGAAUCCCAAGAAAAUUAUUCAAAGAGGUGUGCAACAUUCGAGUUUCUGGAGUUCCAGGACCUGUUUACAGAGGCCAACUUGAUGCUCUACAGCAAUUGGCCAAAGUUAUGUUUUUUGUAUGGCUUGUCGUUAUCGCUGUGAUGGUUUUUGGCGAAGUUUACACCAUAUCGUCGACAAACCAACUAAUCGCGACGGUCGCCGGUAGCUUUCUACCUCUAAUACUUCGCAGCUGCUUCUUCCAGCAAUCAUCAGACAUUGAAGUGAACACUGUGACAUUUAAAAGUCACAUGGAUGAACUUAUAAAAUCAUUCCAUCAAAACUGGCCAAUUUACGAUUUAGUUUUAAGUUUCAUAUACGAUGACAAACUAGAAGAAAAAUUGAAAGACGAGAAGCCUCGUUUCACUGACGAUGAACCCGAAUUCAUCAUUUGUUUGCCAAAAGAUGGCAGUUUUCAUAAGGAAAAUAGGCUUUAUAGUGUAAUCGCUGAUUAAUCAAUGUAACGUGUAUACAAUUUUUAUUAAUCAAAAGCUUGACUUUUUUAAUGAAUUUUCAUUAUUUAGCGAUUUUUUUAUUGUGAGAGAUCUCCGUUUAGCAUCUGAAAUUUAAAAAAUCUGAUUAUGUGCUUAUUAGGUGUAUUUAUUUGUUUAAAGAAACGUCUAUUGUGUUAAAUUUAUUCAGUUAUAUUCGAUGUGUAUUUUAUCUACUUUUCAAAAACAUUUUGAAAGCUUGGCCCAUGUUGACCAGUUGAAACUUAUUUCCAAUUUAUAUUUAUAUAUGAAGCUCUGCUUUUUUUCAAAUAAUUGUAUGAAAUUUAACAAAUUCGUUUAAAGACAAUGUUAAAUUGAUAUUAGGUGUUUAUUUAUAAUGUAGCAAUGUUUAUUUAUUAGGAUAGUAUUUUUUUGUUUAAUUACCUGUUAUAUUUUUUGUGUUAACUUUAAAAUAUUUUGGUGAAAUCAGGUUAUUAUUUGAUUGUAAUUAUUAAAAAGUUUGAUAUAGAUCUUUUUUAAUAAAUCUUUUGUUAAAUUAAAA